AUGCCUCCCCAGAUCGCCGAAGACACCAAGCAGGCUGUGGUACACAGCGAGUAUGCCGAACGCCACACUGAGGAGCCACGUACGCGCUUCGAAGACGAUGCCCUACGCAUCCUGGAUGAAGCGGGCCCGGUUGACUACGAUCCUGAAGAGGAGAAGCGCCUGCUUCGCAAAAUUGAUUUUUGGGUCCUCAUACCCAUGAUGAUUACCUAUACCCUUUGCCACCUCGACAAGAACGCCCUUUCCUACGGCUCUGUGUUCGAUCUUCAAAAGGAGACCCAUCUCGUGGGAAAACAGUAUGCCUGGCUGGGAAGUAUUGUCUACCUCGUCCAACUGGUUGUUCAGCCACUCAGUGCUGUCGCUCUCGUCAAACUUCCUCUCGCCAAGUGGAUCUGCUUCAACAUUCUCGGGUGGGGCAUCGCGGUCAGCUGCAUGGCUGCCUGUACGAACUGGACAGGUCUCAUGAUCACACGUGCCUUGGUGGGAGGUUUCGAGGCCACCAUCGCGCCAACGUUCAUUUCCAUCUGUCAGAUGUGGUGGAGACGCCGCGAACAGACGUACCGCAACACCUUUUGGCUUCUCUCAAGCCCGAUUGCCAGUCUUAUUGGCCCUAUCCUCGCUUUUGCAGUCGGCCACAUUCACACCGCCCACCUGGUCCCGUACCAGAGCAUCUUCCUUUUCCUCGGGUGCAUCACGCUUGCCUUCAUUCCGCUCAUCUUCUACAUGAUGCCGGAUGACAUUGUCUCGGCGCGCUUCCUCACCUUGCGCGAAAAGGCGAUUGUGGUCGAGCGUCUCCGUGUCAACAACACUGGAACUCGUACCAGCGUGUGGAAGUGGUCCCAGGUCCGCGAGGUGUUUACCGACCCGAAGACGUACGGAUGGGGCUUUAUGCUCAUGAUCACGGCCAUUCCUUCCAGUGGCAUCGGGACGUUUGGGGGCCUGAUCACAAAGACUAUCCUCUUCCAGAUCCCGUACGCGGUCAUGCAAGCCGUCGUGCUCCUGGGAGCCACUUGGUGCAUCAACCGCUUCAAGAUACGUUUCCCCAUCGUUGCUAUUGUCACCCUCUUCCCCAUUGGCGGUGCCAUUGGUUUGCGCCUCAUCAACCGCGCACACCCACGCAACCUCCUUGCCGGUUACUACCUUGUUCAACUCUACUCGUGCAUCCAGCCUCUCCUCUAUUCCUGGGCCAAUAUGAACGCUGCGGGUACGACCAAGCAGCGUGUCCUCAGUGCCUUCCUGUUUGUGUGUCAAUGUGCUGGUAAUGUCGCCGGUCCCCAAGUCUACCUCGACCACGAAAAGCCGUACUAUUUUACCGGAAUUUACACCGAUAUCGGAUGCUGGACCGGGCUGGUGAUCAUGUGCUUCGUGAUGGGCGGUUACCUCAAGCUUCUCAACAAGCGGCAGGCCGCCCGGCGUGAGGCAGCUGGUGGUAUCGCCAACCUCCAGGACAUGUCUAUCAUGACCAUGAAGGAAGCGGCCGAGUACACCAAGACCCUCGGUCUCGAGGGUGACCUGGUCAACCAACACGCUUUCGAGGACCAGACCGACCUUGAGAAUCCAGACUUCCAGUAUGUAUACUGA